AUGAAGUAUACCUACCACCCCCUUUUCCCCAAUGCCAAUGCAUUUACUGACAUCGCCAAGUUCCACCCCCCUGCGAACAUCGAGAAGAUGAGCAAUGGCAUUCCCCUUACAGACGCUGACCGUUGGGAUUGGCUCACUGCCCUACGAGAAGAAUCCCUCCGUCAACUCGAGGCCGGCAACAAUGGCGUGGUUCUGACCUGCUCUGCACUCAAGCGCAAGUACAGAGACGUCAUUCGAGUGGCCCCCUAUUUCUCGCCGGACCUGCAACUCCACUUCAUCUAUCUUCACGCUCCAGAAGAGGUUCUCCUGAAGAGAGUUACGGCUCGGCAAGGUCACUACAUGGGCGCAAACAUGGUGCACAGCCAGUUCGACAUCCUCGAGCCGCCCACCGAGGAAGAAGUCGACGUGAUCAGCAUCGACGUCAGCCAGUCAAUAGACGAUGUGAACAAGGAGGCUCUGUCAAAGGCACUUGAGAAGAUGGAACAGGACCAGUAA